GAAGAAACGAACUCUCACAACGAAGAGGGGAAAGCGAGGGGAGAGAAAAUCAGUAUGAGUGGGGAGGAAUGAGGAGAACUGACGAAUCGCGUGAAAGAAGAAGCAUACAGCAGUAGGUGCACAUCGGUGCACGUACAAGACGAAGUGACGGCACGCCGAAACUAAAACGCGGAGAGCGUUGAGGUACAAACAUUUAAUGUCGCAUUUCCGUACUGUUUUUCUACAGUGAACAUCUUGAUUAGUGAGUGAUUAAAUUCAGCUCAGUGUUUUUCGAGUGUAUAGUUUGUUGCGAUACUAGAGAAUGGCAUCCGAUGAGGAGGUAGAUGAAAGCUACGCGGGAGAAGAUGAUUUAGAUGAAACUGGAGGUCAAGUUUCAAAUGUUAAUCAACAAGUGGAUGGUUCAUCUGAUGCAGAAGAAUCUCAAAGACUAGAAGAAGAUGAUGAUUAUGAACCAGAGGAAAGAAAAAAAAAGAAAGGGAAAAAACGAAAAGCACGUAGUGAAGAUAAGAAGGGGAAGAAAAAAAAGAAAAAGAAAAAAUCUGAUUCUGGAGAUGAAAGUGAUUUUGGAGGUGGUGAAACUGGUGAUAUAGCUGGAGAUGAUAGUGACUAUGCAGGAAAUAGAAAAAGUAGAAAGUCUUCUUCCAGGAAAUCAUCUAGUCAUAAUGCAUCAGCUCCACCUAGCCAAGAACCUACAACUGGAAUGCCUACAAUUGAAGAAGUCUGUAACACAUUUGGAUUGACAGAUGUACAAAUUGAAUAUACUGAUGCAGACUUCCAGAAUUUAACUACCUAUAAAUUAUUUCAACAACAUGUUAGACCACUUCUAGCAAAGGAGAAUCCAAAAGUUCCAAUGUCAAAGCUUAUGAUGUUAGUAGCUGCUAAAUGGCGUGAUUUUUCUGAAUUAAAUCCUCAUACUCAACCAGAUACAGAUGUAUCAUCAGCAAAUGUAGAUGAGGAUAGUAGAAAUGCAAGAGCAAAUCGUAGUGGUGCAGUCCAGGAAGGUGAAGAUGAAGAAGAAGAUGAUGAAGAUAGCGAUAGAAAACGAAAAUCACGAGGAUCUAGAGCAAAAAAAGGAAAAAAAGCUUCUAAAGUACCAACACUUAAAAUCAAACUUGGAAAACGUAAACGGGGAAGUUCGGAUGAAGAAGCAGAAGGUAGUGGUGUUGGUACUGACAGAGAUUCAGACAUGGAAUUUGAGCAGAUGUUAGCAGAUGCAGAGGAACCUGUUGGUGCAGAUGGGACAAAUAAAGGAAAUACAGAAGAAAGCGGAAUUGAACCACCGGCAGAACCACCUGUUCGCAGGAAGGCAAAAACCAAAAUCGGAAAUAAAACUAAAAAGAAGAAGAAAACAAAAACUACAUCAAAGUUUCCAGAUGGAGAAGAAGGUCUUCAGACUGAUCAUCAGGAUUAUUGCGAAGUAUGUCAACAAGGUGGAGAAAUUAUUCUUUGUGACACAUGUCCUAGAGCUUAUCACUUGGUAUGUUUAGAACCUGAAUUAGAAGAAACCCCUGAAGGAAAAUGGAGUUGUCCUCACUGUGAAGGAGAAGGUAUUGCAGGUGCAGCAGAAGAUGAUGAUGAGCAUAUGGAAUUUUGUAGAAUAUGUAAAGAUGGUGGUGAAUUACUAUGUUGUGAUAGCUGUACUAGUGCUUAUCAUACACAUUGUUUGAAUCCACCACUUUCAGAAAUUCCUGAUGGUGAUUGGAAGUGUCCUAGAUGUUCUUGUCCACCUAUACGUGGAAAAGUUGCAAAGAUCUUAACAUGGAGAUGGAAGGAUUGCCCAGAAACACCUUCUGAAGAACCUUCAACGAGUAAAGCUACUCCCAAACAACGUAGAAUGCGCGAAUUCUUUGUGAAAUGGGCAGAUAUGUCCUAUUGGCAUUGUGAUUGGAUUACAGAAUUACAGCUUGAUGUUUUCCAUCCUCUUAUGUUUAGAAAUUAUUCACGAAAAUAUGAUAUGGAUGAACCACCAAAAUUGGAAGAACCAUUGGAUGAAAGCGAUUCUCGUGUAAAACGAUUGAAAGAACAGGACGGUGCUACUAAUAGAGAUGAAUACAAUUUAGAAGAACGAUUUUAUCGUUAUGGAGUUCGUCCAGAAUGGCUUGUAGUACAUAGAGUAAUCAAUCAUAGACUUUCGAGAGAUGGUAGAGCAACAUAUCUUGUUAAAUGGAGAGAAUUAGGAUAUGAUCAGGCAACGUGGGAAGACGAGCAUGAAGAUAUUCCUGGAUUAAAACAGGCUAUUGAAUAUUAUUUGGAUCUCAGAGCAGCAAAUUGUUGUGAUGGUAGUUCUUCACGCAAGGGCAAGAAGGGUAAAGGCAAGAAAUCGAAGACUCGUGAACUUAUUGAUGACGAAGAAAGAACGCCCAAAAGAUACACUCCUCCACCUGAUAAACCUACUACAGAUCUCAAGAAAAAAUAUGAACGACAGCCAGAAUAUUUAGAUCAGACUGGAAUGCAAUUACAUCCUUAUCAGCUAGAAGGUUUAAAUUGGUUAAGAUAUUCAUGGGGCCAAGGCAUAGACACUAUUUUAGCAGACGAAAUGGGUCUGGGAAAAACUAUUCAAACUAUUACAUUUCUCUAUUCUUUGUACAAAGAAGGACAUUGUAAAGGACCAUUUCUGGUAUCUGUUCCCCUAUCAACUAUCAUUAAUUGGGAACGUGAAUUUGAAACUUGGGCACCUGAUUUUUAUUGUGUUACUUAUGUUGGUGACAAAGAUAGUCGUAUUGUAAUUCGAGAGAAUGAAUUGUCAUUUGAAGAGGGUGCUGUUCGUGGAGGUCGAGCAUCAAAGAUUCGAUCGAAUCAAAUUAAAUUUAAUGUACUCCUUACAAGUUAUGAACUGAUUUCAAUUGAUUCUGCAUGUUUAGGAUCAAUAGAUUGGGCCGUGUUAGUAGUAGACGAAGCGCAUAGGCUCAAAUCUAACCAAUCAAAGUUUUUUAGAUUAUUAGCAUCUUACAAUAUUGCAUAUAAAUUAUUAUUAACUGGAACUCCUUUACAAAACAAUCUGGAAGAAUUGUUCCAUCUAUUGAAUUUUCUAUGUCGUGAUAAAUUUAAUGAUUUAGCUGCGUUUCAAAAUGAAUUCGCUGAUAUUUCGAAAGAAGAACAAGUAAAGAAAUUACAUGAAUUACUUGGGCCACAUAUGUUAAGAAGAUUAAAGGCUGAUGUGCUAAAGAAUAUGCCAAGUAAAUCGGAAUUCAUUGUCCGCGUCGAAUUAUCUCCUAUGCAAAAGAAAUAUUAUAAAUAUAUAUUAACAAGAAAUUUCGAGGCAUUAAAUCCUAAAGGAGGAGGUCAACAAGUAUCGUUAUUGAAUAUUAUGAUGGAUUUAAAAAAAUGUUGCAAUCAUCCUUACUUAUUCCCAGCUGCAUCUCAAGAAGCACCAACCGCACCAAAUGGAAGUUACGAAACAUCUGCAUUAAUUAAAGCAGCAGGAAAACUUGUUCUAUUGAGUAAAAUGUUAAAGAAAUUAAGAGAUGACGGACAUAGAGUAUUAAUCUUUUCUCAAAUGACAAAAAUGUUGGAUAUUCUCGAAGAUUAUUUAGAAGGAGAAGGUUAUAAAUAUGAAAGAAUAGAUGGUAAUAUUACUGGCGCUCAACGACAAGAAGCUAUCGAUAGAUUUAAUGCACCUGGUGCACAACAAUUUGUGUUUCUUCUUUCUACUCGUGCCGGUGGUUUGGGUAUAAACUUGGCUACCGCUGACACUGUAAUUAUUUAUGAUUCUGAUUGGAAUCCUCAUAACGAUAUUCAAGCAUUCAGUAGAGCUCAUAGAAUUGGCCAAGCUAACAAAGUCAUGAUCUAUAGAUUCGUAACUCGUAAUUCUGUCGAGGAACGAGUUACACAAGUGGCAAAACGUAAAAUGAUGUUAACGCAUUUAGUCGUAAGACCUGGCAUGGGCGGAAAAGGUGCUAAUUUCAGUAAACAAGAACUUGAUGACAUUUUACGAUUUGGUACUGAGGAAUUGUUUAAAGAGGAAGAAGGUAAAGAAGAUGAAGCUAUUCAUUAUGAUGAUAAAGCUGUGGCUGAAUUAUUAGAUAGAAGCAAGGAAGGUAUUGAGCAAAAAGAAAAUUGGGCUAAUGAAUAUUUAAGUUCAUUCAAAGUAGCAUCAUAUGUAACAAAAGAAGGCGAAACAGAAGAAGAAGCUGAUACUGAAAUUAUCAAACAGGAAGCUGAGAAUACUGAUCCAGCAUAUUGGAUCAAAUUAUUAAGACAUCAUUACGAACAACAACAGGAAGAUAUAGCCAGAACACUUGGAAAAGGUAAACGAAUACGUAAACAAGUAAACUAUAAUGAUGGAGGAGUAACUGGAGAUCAAAGUACAAGGGACGAUCAACCUUGGCAGGAAAAUCUUUCCGAUUAUAAUAGCGAUUUCAGUGCUCCUAGUGAUGAUGAUAAAGAAGAUGACGAUUUUGAUGAAAAGGGUGAUGGAGAUUUAUUAUCUCGAAGAAGUAGAAGAAGAUUAGAAAGGAGAGACGAAAAAGAUCGACCUCUACCUCCAUUACUUGCUAGAGUUAAUGGAAAUAUUGAAGUAUUGGGCUUCAAUGCUAGGCAGAGAAAAGCAUUUCUAAAUGCGAUUAUGCGUUACGGUAUGCCACCACAAGACGCAUUUAAUUCUCAGUGGUUGGUGCGAGAUUUAAGAGGCAAAUCGGAAAAAAAUUUCAAAGCAUAUGUUUCUCUUUUUAUGCGGCAUCUCUGUGAACCUGGUGCAGAUAAUGCCGAAACGUUUGCAGACGGUGUGCCAAGAGAAGGUCUCAGUAGACAGCAUGUUCUAACAAGAAUUGGUGUAAUGUCUUUGAUAAGAAAAAAGGUACAAGAAUUUGAACACAUUAAUGGAUAUUAUUCAAUGCCUGAAAUGAUACGAAAACCAGUAGAACCUGUAAAAGUAGAUGGUAGUGGAGAUGGAGCAACUGGAACUAGUAGUACUAGUGCAACACCAGCUACUUCUAAUGCUGCUAGUCCAAGUCCUGCUGCGAAUUCUGAUAGUUCUGAAGUAAAAGAAUGCAAAGAAGAACAAAAGGAUAAAGAAAUUACGGAAACGAAAGAUGUGAAAGAAGAAUCGAAGGAUUCUAAAGAAGAAGAAGAAAAUAAUAUAGAGAAAGAUAAAGAUAAAGAUGAUGUGAAAAAAGAGGAAAAAGAUACAGAAUCAGAAACAAUGGAUAAAGAAAAGGAUAAAUUGGAUAUUAAAGAAGAAAAGUCAUUAACAAAACAUGACGAAAAAGUUGAAAAUAUUGAAAAUAAAACAAAGCAAGAUUCUGAAGAAGAUGUAGUUAUCGUUAAAGAUGAUGAAGAAGAAACUGAAAAACGAGAGGAGAAAGAUAAUAAAGAAAAAGAUAUAAAAGAUUGUGAUUCAGAAACGAUAAAACCUAAACGUAAAUUCAUGUUCAAUAUAGCUGAUGGAGGUUUCACAGAAUUACAUACAUUAUGGUUAAAUGAAGAAAAAGCUGCGGUUCCUGGUCGUGAAUAUGAAAUCUGGCAUCGAAGACACGACUAUUGGUUAUUAGCUGGUAUUGUUACACAUGGCUAUGGUCGUUGGCAAGACAUUCAAAACGAUAUCAGGUUCGCAAUAAUUAAUGAACCAUUUAAAAUGGAUGUGGGCAAGGGUAACUUCUUAGAAAUAAAGAAUAAAUUUUUAGCUAGACGCUUUAAAUUGUUAGAACAAGCAUUAGUAAUAGAGGAACAAUUAAGAAGAGCUGCGUAUCUGAACUUAACACAAGAUCCUAAUCAUCCUGCAAUGAGCUUAAAUGCAAGAUUUGCUGAAGUUGAGUGCCUUGCAGAAUCACAUCAACAUCUCAGUAAAGAAAGCCUUGCAGGGAAUAAACCAGCGAAUGCUGUCUUGCAUAAAGUACUAAAUCAAUUAGAAGAAUUAUUAUCUGAUAUGAAAUCUGACGUAAGCCGUUUACCAGCUACUUUAGCUCGUAUUCCACCUGUUGCGCAAAGACUUCAAAUGUCAGAGAGAUCUAUAUUGAGUCGAUUAGCAGCUACUGCACCAGGCGGAAAUAAUUCUCAAUCGGGUCAAGCAGCAUUGUUAGCGCAACAGUUUCCAGCAGGUUUUUCUGGUGGACAAUUACCAGCUACAUUUGCUGGUGCAGCUAAUUUCGGAAAUUUUAGACCACAAUACUCAGUACCAGGUCAACCACCACAGGGAUUCACAGCUUGAAUAGUAAAUGAUUGAUAAACAGUGGCUCAAUUGAAAAUUCAUAAUGGCGCAUGUUAACACUAUGUUUUAACAAGAUUGUGUGCGCUGCAUUAUUUUUUCGUAAAUUACGAUUUUUAGCUGAAUUUUAUUAAAAGAGGCGUUAAGAUAAAGAAGUAACAAAACAGACAUAGAUAUGCAGACACAUAUGUAAUAUGUUACAUCUAAAUUACAUUAUUUCUGUAUUUAUUAUGUGUACAUUCGGCGUUUAGCAUCAAGAUUAUCAUGUUUUUGUAUUUAUACAUAUACGGUCCUUGUAGAAAGUGGCAUAAAUUAUUUUCUUAAGCUAAUUAAGAGUGAUUUAUAUUUCUUCAUUGACCGGCGUGUGUAUUAUAUUGUAACGAUAAGUACAUUUUACUUAAUGCAAACAAAAAUAACAACUUAUUUAAGAAACGAGUACAGAUUACAGAGAUGCGCAGUUUAAAUUUAAGAUGCGCUAAUUGAUUCAUGCGGUUUAUCGUUCAGUAUAAUUUAUUCGCAAUUUUUUUUUGCAAUAUUUUACUGACGGAUGCCAAAAAGACUUAAUUAGUCAAAAGCGUGUCCUUCGAUAUGUGUAUUUGUGAAUUCAGGGAUUUUAGUUCAGAUUGCAUAUAUAUUAAAUAUCAUUGAUAUACCAUAAACGAUGAACAAUGGCAAUCAUUUUAGUUAAGACUGACAUUCACAUUCAUAUUAUAUUCGGGAAAGUUCAUUUCGUAUACAAUUUUACAUGCUAUUGUAAUGCAUGGAUUCCCAUCUUUCAGAUUCUUCAUAUAUGCGCACUUUAAUUGUCAAAUUUUCAGUUUAAAAUAAAUAUUGUGUAAGUACUACGUCGAAAAAAACAGAAGCACAAAGUCUGUUUGAUACUUAAAUAUUAUAAUGCACAUGGUGAUAUGAUUCUGAUACGUAAUUCGAAUCUUUAGAGAUCGAUUAUUUUAUUGAAAAAAGUCACCAAUGACUAAAAAAAUGACCUAGGGAGAAAUUUGAUAAUAUCGUGAUCAUUUAAUAAAUAUACUUUGUAUAUACUUGUCCAAUUACAUUUUGAUGCAUUAUAUAUUAUACGCAUACACAUAUAUUAUAGCACUCUCGUAACAAGUAAGGUCGAAAGGCACGUCUCACAUCCCAUACAUUAUAUUAGAGAAAAGAGAAGAGGGACGAUUAUAAAUAUAAUUAUAAAACACAGAAACAUUAAAAAAUCUUAAGUAAA